AUGGCCCUGUCCACGGCGUCCAAAUCAUUCGCCAUCAACGGCCCGCACACCGCAGGCCUGUUUGCCGACAUGUCGGUCGACGGCCCAGUCAUUGGCACCCUCGUUGCCAUUGUCGACCGCGCAAAGAACUUGCCCAACCGCAAGACCAUUGGCAAGCAGGACCCCUACUGCGCCGCCAGGCUGGGCAAGGAGGCCAAGAAGACGGCCACGGAUGUCAGAGGCGGCCAGACGCCCAAAUGGGACCAAGAGCUUCGCUUCACAGUGCAUGAUUCAGCCGACUACUACCAGCUCAAGGUCUCCGUCUUCACAGACGACAAGAAAACCGACCUCAUUGGAGAGGCGUGGAUCGAUCUCAAGGGCAUCAUCAUUGCUGGAGGCGGCCAGAAUGACGUGUGGCAGACCCUCACCUGUCGAGGCAAGUAUGCGGGGGAAAUUCGACUGGAAAUCACCUUUUACGACAGCCGGCCCAAGCCCGAAAAGCCCGCUGCCAGGUCUAGGCAAUCCAUGGGCGGCGAGCUCGAGAACUCGUCGCCAAAGCGCAAGGACAUUGUGAAAAGACGUCCUCUGCCGACCGAUCCCGUCACCGGUGAGGUCACUGCAAACAUCUCAUCUCAAACCCCGCCAGACUAUCACCAGACACCACCCCGGCAUAUCGGGAAAUCCAUCCAUCACUCACCAUACAACUCCACCAGCUCACUCAACGAAACCACCGAGUACGGCACUCCGCCACAGGGAAGCACUCGCUCGCGCCAUGGAGACUACUUUCUUUCACACUCGCCCAGCGGCCAUGGCCAUUCUGGUUCCGGCCGUGUCGAGGGACCUCGCCAGCCACGCCCGACACGACAGGACUCGCACGAGAGAGAGAGCCGCUUCAGCCAGAAGAUACCCGUCUCGCCCUAUGAGCAGUUUGACCCCCGAGGGAGCACCUAUUCGCUCGCGGGCGACACCUACGACAUGAUGACCCCAAUGGACGAUCCCGCGCCCUAUCCUCCCCAGGGGGCUCCUCGACAGGCCGCUCCGCCACCGCCGGCUCACCGAUCGCGGCACAGCACCAGCCAGGAGGGUCUGCCACGGAGAAGUGACGAGGCGUCGCCUCAGAGGGUCACUCCGCCUGCGUCAAUGAGAUCUGACGUUUUGAAAAACGAGGCUCAUAGAAACACCACAUCAAACUACCCUGGCCGCCCGCAGUUUCGGGCCUACGAUCCGACCAUGGCCGCUCCACCCCCCAUGCAGAAAGCCAUCGCGUACGAGCCGCACAAUUCCUACGACUCUCUCGACUCUCAGCAUCGCUCCAUGCAACCCACCGUGGAGGACGUGCCGGAGUCGCCCCCAGGCUCCAUGCGAAGCAGGCCUCGCCGCAGCAUCCCUCCCCUAGACGAGGUGGUGUACGAUGCCGGUCCCAUUCCAGUGUCGACAGGCCUCAGUCGCUCUCCAGGAGGUGCAUCUCCUGGGUUCAUGAGCCAAUCCCCGGGUCCAUAUCCGUCUUAUCAGGAGCAGCCUCGGAACCAAAACUCGGUGUCACCUCUGUCGACUAGGGAUUAUACCGAGAGUCCGGAGCAGAUGGCGCAGUACUCCUACGGCAGCCAAAGCCAGCGCUCUACCCAACAGCGAGAGCACGAGACCACCUACAUCCAGAGCUCUCCGAGCUACGGGCUUCCAGGACUACCCCCUUCCUUGGCUCCUGGCGUAGAUCCCAACUUGGUUCAAGAGAUGUCUAACAGAGCAUAUGGGGAACAACACCAAGACGGCCGAUACAGCUAUCAGACCAAUCAAAUCGUCAGCGUUUCUACUCGAGACCGCCAUAGGAGCGAGCCGCCACCGCCUUCGCACGAGCCGGCCUACGGCGCUUCGCCGCAAGCAUACGAAUCAUACGACAAGCGAAGAUCGGGUACAUAUGCCAGUGGGCCUGACCCGCAUGCGCAGGGAUAUCGAGAUGCUUCCCCUAACCCCCAACAUAGAAUCCGACGCAAGUCGGUCAGCCCUGCACCUCGCUCUUCUGACAAUAGGAGGCACUCGGACAUUCCCUUCAGCCCAGACUCCUACGACGCCUUCAACCCUGGCAUAUCUUCUAGAGAUGCAUCUCCCGGGCUCGACCCGUCCGACUCGCCUUCCAAGAUUGUCACGCACGACGGCAGGGAGAUUGACCCAUCGGAUCAUCUACCUGAAGAGUCCUGGGCUCCCGAGCCAGAGACCAAACCCUCGCCAGAGCCUUCGCCGACUCGAACCAGGCCGGCUCUAUCUGGAGCACAGCCGAUGCCGCCUAGCGGCCGGAGGCCCCUCCGCAUUAGCAUGGCAAGGACCUCGCAGGCCAUGGUGCCGUCCACCGCCUACGGUUACACGGAGGGACCGCGUGCUCCGCCGGUGCAAGGCGGGCGCCAGCGUCUGCAGAAGAAGACUCGCCACUCCAUGCCGCCGACGACGGCGGUUCCAAACCCUCCCGCGCCUAUUGCGCCAGACAACUUCCAUGACAGGACGAAUCAUUACAGUUCUACUCGAUCACGCGCUGGCGCGUGGGACCACCCAACCGACAACUAUGCACCUCACUACAGCGUCGCUAACCAAGGCCCUCCAAUCCCGGCCAAAGUGCCACUGCCCGUUAUGAGCGGCGCCAAUGGAGGGGCCGAAGACAUGGCUCUGAUCCAGGAGAUGCAAAAGAUUGAUAUCGGCACCGGCCGUUCCAGGCGCCGAGGCGGUUAUUGAAACUCUCAUGAUGCAGUGUAACUCUGUUUUGUACGAAUAUUGAUGAGGCAUGUAUAAAUCGGUAUUGGGAAGGAUAAUGGGCGGCGUCUUUGGAAAGUUUGGAACCAUGAAAAUCAUUCUUUCCCUCGUUUCCCUUUCCGUAUCCCUG